CUCAAAACGGCUUCUUGCUCGCCUUAAGAGUCGACGCCCCCUCACUGUCUCUUCCCCUCCAUUGCCCCUUCUCUUUUGAAGUCCCUCUACCAUAUAAUUUUGUCAUCAUGAGCGGCUUGCGAAUUCUUGUUCCCGUGAAGCGGGUUAUCGACUAUGCGGUCAAACCCCGCGUCAACAAGGCCAACACCGGCGUCGAAACCGCCGGUGUCAAGCACUCCCUGAACCCGUUCGAUGAACUCUCCGUCGAAGAAGCCAUCCGCCUGCGCGAACGCGGCGCCAAGAACCAGAGCCCCAUGAAGGUCGAAAACAUCCUCGCCCUCUCCGCUGGCGGAGCCAAGUGCGCCGAUACCCUCCGCACCGCUAUGGCCAUGGGUGCCGACCGCGCAUUCCACGUCGACGUCGGCGAGAGCCCCGAUGGAGGUCCCGAGCCCCUGACGAUCGCCAAGAUGCUGCAGGGUGUGGUCAAGUCUGAGAACAUUAACCUGGUGCUGCUGGGUAAGCAGGCGAUCGAUGGCGACCAGGGCCAGACCGGUCAGAUGCUGGCAGGUCUGUUGGGAUGGCCGCAGGCGACGCAGGCGAGCAAGGUCGAUAUCAAGGAUGCGGAUGGUACGGUGGAGGUGACGCAUGAGGUGGAUGGUGGUGUUGAGACACUGCGGGCUAAGUUGCCUAUGGUCAUUACUACGGAUUUGCGGUUGAAUGAGCCCCGCUAUGCUACGCUGCCGAACAUCAUGAAGGCUAAGAAGAAGCCUUUGGAGAAGAAAACGUUGGCGGAUUUCGGUGUUGAGGAUAAGAAGCGCUUGAAAACUCUGAAGGUUACUGAACCCCCCGCUCGCCAGGGCGGUGGCAAGGUCGAGGAUGUCGACGGCUUGAUCGGCAAGCUGAAGGAGCUGGGUGCCCUGUAAAUGUGGAGUAGGGCAGAUGAUUGGAUACAAUAGGUAUACCUUUGUGUGUAUGUUUACGACUAGACUCGCGUCCAGUGUCAGCUGAACCGGCUGGACCUUAUUUCUCAAUUUUUAUCACCCGCGAACCAUGACCCCGACGUGUUGUCUGGCUCCUGUGUAUUUACUUAUGCUUAACUCUAUCUUUGGCUGGCUAUACCUGCUGCAGCGGGUCGACCGCACGAAUCACUCAUCGGGACAGGAGCAAUUGCCUGUUAGAGUAGGAGAGUUCUCGACGAAGUACUAUCUAGCUAGCUAGACAGCUGAACAGCUGAACUCGGGAGUUCAUCCGGCAACUGAGUAGACUAGCAAAUUGUCUCCAAUAUGACACAUGUCUAUCCCCC